AAAGAAUCGCGGCGCAAUUGCUCAAGUCCUCUCUAUCCUACGAUCAAAUCCCCCCAGCAAACAACUCCACCGAAGAAUAAUACCAACAAAAUGCAUUCUCACCUUCACACCCCCUACAACAUCAACUGCGAGGAGAUCAUGACCGCGUUGGACGAAUGCCACGCCCAGGGGUUUUUGCACAAGGCGCUGGGCAACUGCAACGACAUCAAGCGCGAGGUCAACAAGUGUCUCUCGGAGCAACGGUAUGCGCGCGCAAAGCAGAACCGCGACCAGGCGCGCGAGAACCGUCGACGGAUUGAGAAGAUCUGGGCGGACGAGAAGGUGUUUGAGGGGGUUCCUCCUGCUGCUCCUGCUGCUGCGGCUGGCGCUGCGGCUGAGGGGAAAUAAAGUCUUCGGGGUGAUGAGACUGAAG